AUGUUUGCACUAUCCCUGAAGUAUUUAUGGGGCAUAUAUUAUGACAGACAAGCUGAUCCUACUAGUGAUAAGCCGUUACCACCUGGUAAUAUGGGUUGGCCUCUCCUUGGUGAAACUGUACAUUUUGUAAUAAAGGGCUGCAAGUUCUACACUGAAAAGAUGGUAAAAUAUGGUAAAAUUUAUAAAACUCAUAUCAUGGGUAAACCAAGUAUCAGAGUAAUGGCAGCAGAAAAUGUAAAGAAAAUACUUAUCGGGGAAAACGUCUUGGUUCAAACUUCAUGGCCAACAACAUUGAGAAAACUGUUUGUUAGAGAUCGAUCUUUAUCAGCCCAGACCGGCGAUGAUCACAGAACGCGAAAGGUGACCAUAAGUAAAGUCCUUGGACCUGAGAAUUUGUCAUAUAUGGUACCAGAAUUUCAAAAAGUUAUACGUGAAUGUAUUGAAAAUUGGUGUAACCAAGACCAAGUUUUUGGGUCCUUUAUAUGCCGACAGAUGACAUACAGGUUAACAAAUGAAGUCAUUGUUGGUGUUGACAUUAAUGAUACACAAUCUAUACAGAUUUUACCCUAUUUUGAAACCAUGAUAGAUAACGCGUUUAGUAUUCCAAUUAAAUGCCCUGGAUUGGCUUUUAAACAGGCGGUGCAUGCUAAAGACAAGAUCAUUGUUGCUAUCAAAGAAUUAAUAGCACAAUCCAAUAAUAACAGUUCUUCUGAUGUAAAUUGUGUUCUUGAUGUUCUGAGGAAUUUAAGGGAUGCUGAUUCUUUAACUGAUGAUGAUAUGGUUGAUUUGCUACUCGAACUUAUGUUUGCUGGUCAUCAUACUACAGCCAGUGUGUGUUGUUCACUACUGUUACAUCUUGGACAAAGUCCAGAAGUUUUGGAGAAAAUUCGAGAAGAACUCUUAGAAAAUGAAAUAUUGGAUCCAACGGCUAAUUUAACGUUUGAACAGAUCAACAAAUUACCAUAUAUAGAUAAUGUCUUCAAAGAGAUUUUACUAGUGAAGCCUCCUGUAGGUGGAGCAUUUCGAAAGGCACUGAAGACAUUUGAAGUAGGGGGCUAUCAAAUACCAAAGGAUUGGACAGUGAUCUAUAGUAUCCGUGAGACUCAUAAUAUUUCACCGAUGUUUGAGAAUCCACAUAAGUUUAAUCCUGAACGUUGGAAUGGUGAAAGACUUAAAAGUGCCGACCUUCGAUUUCAUUAUAUACCAUUUGGUCUUGGAGCUCGAUCAUGUCCUGGUGAACAAUUCGCUAAAUUAACAGUCAAAAUCUUCUUAGUAGAAAUGGCGAGAAGGUGUAAUUGGAAAUUACACAAUAAAAAUCCUGAUAUAGAUUUGUUACCAUCGCCUUAUCCUAAAGAUAAACUGCCUGUCAGCUUCACAAAAUUAGAAAUAAAAUGA